AUGCUUGCAUUCCUCCUUCUUAGGGAACAGUCUCCUGUUCCUAUGGAUACCAUUCCCCCUACGACUUCAUCUCCACCAAAAACUGCAUCUCCACCUCCUUUUGCACCACAAAACACUCCAAUCCCUCCUCCUACCAAAUCACCUCCAUCUCCUGUUCCCAAGGAAAAGAAACCAGCUGUUGUUCCUGAUCUUAAGGAACAACCUGCCGCCACUAAUCUUCCUAACACCUCUCCUUCUUCAUCCAAAAACCCUACCAUUGGUGCUACUUAUGCCCUAGCUCAUGCUAGAAGAUUGGAUUACUUAUUUACAUUGGUCAUGGAUCACUCGGAAGUUAUGAUGGAAUUUGCAAAUGAAGCUAAGGGAGUGAAUGGAUUAGUGGAAGGGUUGAUGAGCAAGGUUGACAAGGCUUUGGAUGGUCAAAAGUUGAUUAUGGAGCAACUUGGUGAUAUGACCACAUCCCUCAAAAAGAUGAACUCGAAAUUGAUGAAGUUGGAGGAUAUUGUGCUCAAGCUUGAUCAAACCGUUGUCGGAAAUCAUAAGGAAGUGAUGACCAAAUUAGAUGAUGUGGUAGAAGAAGUGGUCGAAAAACCUUCCUCUAGCCUUGAACACUAUUCUUAG